GAAAAAAGCUUCAAAUCCUUUAACAGUUUCAGGGUAAUAUACUGAACUAUGUUGCAACAAGGUUUGAUGUAAAUGUAACUGUCGGCGUGGAAUCGUGUGUCAUAGUAGAGCUCAACCUAACGUGUAUUACAUGCAUUGCUCCUAAACACGAACCAAAGAGUGGAAUACCAAAUGCAACACGACCGGAAGUUAACGUAUCAAUUGGAAACAUACGCAAGAUGAUUGGAUAUGUUGAAUAUGUUAAAAAGUCGCCGAGCAUGAUCAGGAGUUCUCCUAGUUCUUCCCAUACUUCAGUUGUACUGUCGGCGACUGGAGCGAGUGCCGCGCUCAUUUUUAUCAAUGUAACGGCUGUAGUUUUGAUAUGUCGACAAUACAGAAAAACAAAGUCAAGAUUACGAAAUGUUGUAAACACUACGAAAGAAGAAAUCCCUUGUGAGUUACAAUUGAGCAGAAUAGCGGGUUCGUCGUCUGAGAAGGACGAGGUCUACAAUGAGCCCUAUGAAUCCGACCACUAUGACACUAUCGCAGCAGACGACAUUUCAAUUGAUAGAUGCGAAACUGAUAAUAAUUAUCUUACGUGUCCACACGAGAGCGUUUCCGAGGCAAGCAAUUCAACAAGUGACCAAUCACAAAAUUAUUUGAGCCCGACGAACCGUAUUACUGUAGAAGUUCAGCUAGAAGAGACAAAAGCAACCAAUGUUGAAUCUGGACCCGAACUCACUGACGAUCAGUUAUAUUUACAUGUUAUUAACGAUUGUGACCAUUCAGAUUAGCUUCUUGAAUAAAAACAUGUAUCGGACAAUCCGUUCACAGGCUGCUUGAAUACGAAUACGAAACGCAGGCUUAAAUUGUUUGGUUUCUUUACUGUGUUUCAUGAUUUUUUGUUGUUGUCUAUGUUUUUAUUUCCAAAAUUAUUUGAGCCCGACGAUCCAUAUUACUGUAGAAGUUCAGCUAGAAGAGACAAUGGCAACGAAUGUUGAAUCCGGACGAUUAGUUAUAUUUACAUGAUUUUAACGAUAGUGACCUUUCAGAUUAGCUUCUUGGAUUAAAAAGUAUCGAACAAUCCGUUCACAGUCACAAUGCUAGAAUACGAUUACGCAACGCAAGCUUUAAUUGUUUUUUUAGUGUGUUUCAUUUUUGUUUUUGUUUUUUGUUGUCUAUGUUUUUAUUUGUUUGCUGUUUUUCGCGACUUUUAGUGUUAGAUUUUACAAGUUUAAGAUACGCUCAAAUUUAAUUCGAAACCAUUGAUAAUUACUAUACACACCAUAGUUAAACUCUGUAUGAAUACAUGUUGUCAUUUAAAAAAAAACAAGCAGUUUCUAAAAGAAAGAUCAAAAUCAAUAUGACCAGUAAUAGCUAGAGAAUGCAGUUUCCCCAGAAUAGUUUGUGCAUUCUCUUAUUCAGAUUUGAUAUGUCCAGUAAAAAAUUAUAAGAUUUCAAUUUCCUGCAAUAAUAUUAUUUUACCCAUAGCUAUAUCUAUAUAGUAUAUCUAACAGAAAACAGGCAAGAAAUAUUUUUAUGACAAGAUGUUUUGCAAUAUUUAUAUGACAUAAUAUAUGCAUGCAUAUUCAAAAUGUAAAUAGUUUGUACAGAAAAAGAAAACAAACAUUUUUUUGUGCUUGAAUCAUGCUCUUGUAGACUUGUACGAGGGCUGUUCAAAAAGUUCGUGGACUGCGGCUCUACUGUUCACAUCUUUUAAUUUGCGUAUAUGAUUUUACAAGAGACAUAUACGAAAAUAUGUCCUUAUUUAACAGUGAAAAAAUCAAUUCAAAUAACAAUUCUGUGACAGUUACAAAUUACAAGGGGUGCACAAUCCGGCGCACGCUGAUUACGAAACAAAAUUACGUUCGUGACGUCGCAAUAUAAAUGAAACGUUUUACCAGCGUCAUUGUUUCUGAAAGUUCUCUUUUUAGUGUUCAAUAUUCGCAGAUCAUUUACCAAAACCAUUUUUCUAUUUGUGAUGAUGACCCGAGAUAUAAAGUGGUAAUCUUUUCGCUCCAUUCUCCGUCCUAGUGCCGCAUACUUUCCGCUCUUUAUCGGGAUUUUUUAGUAAUUUCGACAUUUAACGGACAGUGUUAUUAGGUUAAUUCAAU